GGUCAAUAACUAGUGAAUUUGCUCACUUUUGUAAUUUUCACCUCAUUUCGAGAUACAUAAUCGACGAUCGACCCCCAGAUUGCCAGGUUGGUGCAAAUUGGUGCAAACCCCGAAACCCGGUCGAGCUGAGAACGCUAAAAAGCAAUCCUAACCUCAAAAUACUCGACUCCUCGACUGAACGGAACAUACAAGCUUGCACGUAAAUUGACGUGAAUAAUACUAACGUUACAAAAAUUUUAUUUAAGAAAACAGCGAUGAAAGAAUUUUUAGCAUAAUACAAUAAAAUUAUUUUCAAUCAUUUUAUUUAUGAUGGAAGUAGAACAGAACGCAAGUGCCAGUAGUACCAUGAAACAUGAAGGGCCUGAAACAAUUGAGCAAAAAAUAAUUGCUCUUGCACGAGAAAAACCUAAAGGUAUUUCGGACAUAGAUUUAGCUGCUUCGAUACCUGAUUUACAACCAGCUCAACGAGCUAAGAUUAUAAAUAAACUUCUAUCUCAAGGAUACUUUGAUCUUUUUAAACAAGCAAACUCAUUGUAUUAUCGCUUGAAAGAUCCAACAAAACUUGCUAAGUGCACUGACAAUGAAGAAAAAAUAGUAUAUAAAAUUAUUGAAGAAGCAGGAAACAAGGGAAUAUGGAUUCGAGAUAUAAAAAUUAAAUCUAAUUUGAUGAAUAAACCAUUAGAAAAAAUUUUGAAAAGUCUAGAAACUAACAAGUUCGUCAAAGUUGUUAAACCUGUAGCAGCCAGUAAGAAAAAAGUGUAUAUGCUAUACAACUUAGAACCAGAUGAGUCUGUAACAGGUGGUGCUUGGUAUCAAGAUCAAGAUUUUGAAACAGAAUUUGUUGAUGUAUUGAAUCAACAAUGUUAUCGAUUUUUGGAACAAAAAAGGGAAAAGACGAAAAAUUGUAACACUGGACCUAUUGCUGCAAGAAAUAUGACAUAUGCUUCGUCUAAGGAUGUGUUGAAGUAUAUUUCAGAUUUAGGAGUAAGCAAGGUGAAAUUAACUGUAACGAACAUAGAAGUGAUUUUAAAUACGUUAAUUUAUGAUGGUAAAGUUGAACGGACGGUCACAAAUGAUGGAAAUAAUUUAUACAGAGCAAUUCAACCUUUGUUGAACUCAAUGGGAUUGGUUAAAACUCCUUGUGGUCUGUGCCCAGUAAGAAGACAAUGCCAUGACGAAGGACCUGUUACACCUAUCAAAUGUCACUAUAUUAAAGAAUGGCUAGAAUAGAGAAAUGUACUUUCAA